AUGUCGGGUCAAUGGGAAGUUGUUGGCAAAAAAAAGGAAAAGGGAGCCAAGGAUUUAAGUCAAAAAGUUGGCAAACAAAGUAGAAACAAACCGGAAAAUUUGAAUGUAAAAGUUGAGGAUGUUUUGGCGAAAUCCCAAGUCAAAAACCUGUAUUCCAACGGAAAAAAUAAAGAAAACAAACCGGUGGAAGUAAAAAAAGAUGCGGGCCCCAAAAAAGCGAAAGUUCAAGAUAAGGUGCAGGAGGCCAAGCCUAAGGCGCCCAAAUCGCUCGAAAGUGCACUUAAUUUGAUUGACAGUGAUGCGUUCAAAAACAUCUUUGAGAAAAACAAGACGCAAUUUCCCGACGCCCCUAUCGUGUGGUUGAAGGAACUGUCUUCCUUUUUGAACCAAAAACUCACUGAGGUACAUGAUUCCGUUUUUGCCUCAAAACCCGAUAACUAUCCGUUGAAAAUUGUGCCCUCUGGAGUUCUAUCUGUGAUUGAGAAAGUGGCCCAAGUUGUGGAUAAAAACAACCUUUUGGUGUUUUACGACAUUGCCUUAACAUCAAUGGCCACUGAUAUGAGCAAAAAUUUGCCAGCGUUAGGUUACAAGUUGUUUCUGCAACACAUCGCCUUAAAGGAACCUAAAUUAAUUCGUGCCAAUUUGGGGAAAUAUUGUGUCUUGCGAACGUCUUAUCAGAACCGACCAAACAUCGGAUUAUCAAUUUUAUGGGCUGUAGGACAGGCUGGGAUUAGGGAUUUUCAGACGGGAUUAGCUAUUUUUCAGGAGUUAAUGUUACCGUUAAUUGAAUUGAAAAAUUAUUCACGAUUUAUCGUCCAGUAUUUGAUUAAGUUAAUUUCGGGGGCUGACCAAGCGACAGUUAGUAAAGAACAGUUCGUUUCACUUCUUGAUGUUGUGUUUUCGAGCAAGAAAAACUUUCCCAGUGAUCUUAAACAAGAUCUCGUGACAGUUGUACCAACUUUGAAGUCGUUCCUAGCGACCAGUAAAGAGCCAACUUGUGUCGACUUUUAUUUGAAGAAAAUACCAACUGUUGGAAACGACUCGUUUAAAGACUGUUUAUGUGACGUUAUCGUUGAUGGUUUUAAUCGAGAUCAGAGCAGUUUGGAGAGUUGGGGAAAAAAUUAUAGUAAGAACGUCACCUCAAGUGCCAUUCUUCUUAAAUAUAUUGCGAAAAAUUGGCAAACUCUUUCUUGUAAAAUAAAUAAGAAAGUGUUGGCGCAUACACUUAACCAAAUUCUUCUCGAAAGUAACGAAUUGAGGACUAGGAAAAAGAAAGACGAAGGUUUGAUUGAAGCCAUUCGUGUAUCAGAGGAAUUAUUGGGGAAAAUGGCCAAUAAGAAAAGCUCCCGUUCGUGGUUCAAAUUCCUCUUUUACACAACGACUUUAUUGCUCGCAAUUUACAUUUAUGCUGACACCAAACAAGCCGGCAGUUGGCAAAAAUCCAACACAAGGAAAUUCCUGGUAGAGACAGGUGUGUAUGACUACACGCAUAAAGCUGUGGGUAAAGUCCAAGAAGGUUGGCUGGUAGUGGACAACAAAAUCAAGGAAAAUUUUCCUACUUAUCGCCAAGCGGUUAUUGAGUUCUCGGAACCUUAUAUUGAGUUUUUUAAUAGUUUUGGACAAAUUCUCUGCAAUUUGUUCGCCAAUAUCAAGGAGGCUGUCAUCGAGAAGUACCCAGUGGUCGUUAAAUCGAUUGACUCAUAUGCUCCUGGCGUUGUGGAGCAGUCCCAGAACGCAGUGAGCACAGCGUGGUCAAGUUCUGUAUUUUAUGUCAACAGAAGCAUUGAUUAUUUACGUACGGAAGUUUUUGUCGGCCAGUUAUCUCCUGAAAAUAUGCAAAGGGUGGUGUAUGAGGCUUUCAACACCACUCAGACCAAGGCGACUGAAUAUUACCACUGGUUGUAUGAAAAGGUCCAAAAUACGAUCAAAUAAGGGCUGUGAGAUGGGUGUCUGAUUGUUACUAGGUUAUGGUUAGUUGUAUUUUUUUAUUCAAUUAUACUUAUUUAUUUUACAAAACACAUUCCUCGGAGCAUUUAUUAGAGUGAUGUGUUAUUCGCAUCAGGGAAGAAUAAUUUGAGUGUAUUUUCGUAAAUCAGUUUAGAUAAAGUGUCAGGGUUUUCGUUUUUAACAACAGCAAUAACAUCAAGGACUUGCCUGAAUAUUUAGUUGUAAAAAUAAAAAAAAUGUAUUAUAAAAGUAUACAGUUACCUUAUAUUGCAUGGUUCAUUCCUGCUUUUAACCAUACAAUCGGUUCUCCACUUCUCUUUUUUGACGCUGUUUGUUAUUAAAUUUUCUUUGGAAAUAAAGGAAUAUCCAGCAUGAGUUGGUCUGAUUUCGCACCAAGGACAGUCAGUUUCAAUCAGGAUUUUAUCACUUGGGAGAGCCGACACAGUUUCAAGGUUUUCCUUCGUUUUUAAAGAACUAAAACCAAUGAAAACCGCGUUUAUUGACAAAAUCAUCACUUACCAUCCGUUUAAACCAAUCAAAAAGUUCAUAUCAAUGAAACGCCGCGCCUCGUCCAGUGUACCAUCAAACGAGUGAACGACGCCACGCAAAUUCGGGUACUUCCCCAAAAUUUCGGCCAAGUCUUGCGCGGCGUUCCGGCAGUGGAGAAACAGCGGCAAGUUUGAGCUUUUCGUCAAAUUUAACUGCAUUUCAAAGUACCUAAAACCGGCAUUUUAAAUACUAUUUUUCUCCUACCAUGUAUUAAAUGACCAAUCAGAGUGCGUCACGACAACCACGUGACAACAUGUGACAGUAAAAAUAAAUUGACAUUUUGAAAAAACAAUGUAUACAGCUCGCGUUUAAUGCCGAAAAAGUUACAUUUUUUGUACUUCUUUGGGGCAGAAUUGAAGUCGGUCGUAAUCCAGGCCACACUCGCCUAUUGCCACGACUUUUCUGGCCCCAUUUUCCAUAGUAUGCUUCAUCUGUGCUAAAUAAUUCUGGGGAUCGGCCUCAAAUUCCGAACAUCGGGUUGGGUGAACCCCCACUGUUGUAAAAAGCCUCUCUGAAAAAAAAACAGAAAAAAUAUUUUCAUUGAUUACUUAGUUACCAUCAGACUCGGCGAUUUUUAGGGCCUUUCGGCUCUCGUCUAAAUUGCCUCCCGUAAUGAUGAUUUUCUCUAAGCCAGCGUCCCAGCUUCGCUUCAAAACCUGCCCCAAAUCGGGUACAUGUUUACUUGACCCAUUGUAAACCCCCGAAUACAUGAGGUCGGUCAAAUUGGCCCCUAUAUC